ACGUGCAGGGAUGAGACCCAUGGACCACAGCGUGCUGAAAUGUUGUCUCUUCUCUCUACUCUUGCUAACAGUGUCUGCAGCAGACCCUCCAUCCAAUGCAGCCAUUUUAGCUAGUGAAACGACUCCAGGCAAUGCAUCCAAUACAGCCAAUGCAGGCCAAGCACCCAAUACAUCCAACACAGCCAGUACAAACCAACCAUCCAACACAGCCACUUCAUCCAGUGCAACGACACCCUCCUGUACAACACGUCGAUGUCUGGCCAGCAUGCUGAUUGCGAAAGAAGCUCUGAGUCAGCCACAGUCUCCAUCAUGCAUCUCAAAUAUCAGUGUGCCGUUAAUAGUGUAUGAAACUCUGUCUGUCGAUACAAAAAACCUCCGCUUCGAGAGUCGUCUGCAGGUCAUACUGUCUUGGGAAGACCCUGAUUUAUCAUGGGACACAUCAGUCUAUCAUCAUGAUAUGGUGGUCCUGCCUGUCAGCAAAAUCUGGACUCCUGAACUCCACGUGACUAAUGGAGUGCAAACAACGAUGAAGCACGGCAACAAGGAUUUACUGGUGCACAGCAACGGGACUAUAGAGCACAUGGUCAUCAUGAACACUGUGGUGGGCUGUGAAGUCAAUCUGUACAACUACCCCUUCGCUUCAGAUUUCUGUGCCAUCGGAAUCAAUGUAUGGGUAUUUAGUGGAUGUGGCAUGUUCCUGAACUUUGGGAAAGUGAGCAAAACUAGUGCAAACCGUGGGGACUGGCUAACCGAGGAGGUGAAACUCAAUGCUAAAGGAGGCAGAGAUGAUCGCAACUAUCUAUGGGUGUCGCUGAAAAUGCGGUCUGAAAACCCAUUUCUGUCCCUGGUCCUGCCCAGUAUACUGAUCAUUGUGGCAGAUGUGGUGAGCUUCUCCCUGCCACUGGGAGGGGGCGAGCGUAUCUCAUUCAAGGUUACACUGGUUCUCAGCUUCAUCAUGUUCCUCAUCAUCCUCAAUGACCUACUGCCUGGAGGAGGCCAGUGCAGCCCCAUCAUCCGAAAGCACUUCUGUUUCUGUUUGGUCAUCCUGGUGUUGAGCACGUUGCAGUCUAUGGUGCUCACACGCCUGGCUAAGUGUGGCACUCUCUGGCCCUGCAGCCUCUCCAAGUCCAAAGACUCACUGCUUAAAGACACAGACAAUGAAGAGGUAUCCAAAUCUGAUAUUACUGUCAUCAAACUGAAAGCCUCUGAGGAAAAGAAGAAGAAUACAGCCCUCCAAAAGGUGGUGAAAUUUCUCAACAAAAUGGCUGCACAAGACCAGAAAAAAGCAAGACGCCAUCGCUUUGCCAACAAAGUGGACUUGAUCUGUUUCUGUAUCUAUCUCACCGUCCUCAUUGUUUAUGCAGUCGUCAUUUUAUAUUUCUCCUUUGGUUCUUCAUGCGAGAUCAACCAUUUAGAAUUCUGGGAAUACUAAAUUGUUAAUUUGCUUUUAACAAAAAUGUUUAAAGAAAUGGUGGUCAUAUGAUAGAGAAAGCAUUCCUAUAUCGUUCCUAUUGUGGCAUCUGUGAGCGCACAGGCAGUGCCAUUGAGGCAAUCUCCAUUUUGAAGUAGUCAAUUUUCUUCUUCUACUAUUUCAAUGAGUUGGUAAACAAACUGAAAGGGUUUAUCCUGCCACAUGUAGGGAACAGGUAUAAAGUUAAGGUUGAUGAUUUACUGCCACAUGUAGGGAACAGGUAUACAGUUAAGGUUGAUGAUUUACUGCCACAUGUAGUGAACAGGUAUAAAGUUAAGGUUGAUGAUUUACUGCCACAUAUAGGGAACAGGUAUAAAGUUAAGGUUGAUGAUUUACUGCCACAUGUAGGGAACAGGUAUAAAGUUAAGGUUGAUGAUUUACUGCCACAUGUAGGGAACAGGUAUAAAGUUAAGGUUGAUGAUUUACUGCCACAUGUAGUGAACAGGUAUAAAGUUAAGGUUGUUGAUUUACUGCCACAUGUAGGGAACAGGUAUAAAGUUAAGGUUGAUGAUUUACUGCCACAUGUAGUGAACAGGUAUAAAGUUAAGGUUGAUGAUUUACUGCCACAUGUAGGGAACAGGUAUAAAGUUAAGGUUGAUGAUUUACUGCCACAUGUAGGGAACAGGUAUACAGUUAAGGUUGAUGAUUUACUGCCACAUGUAGUGAACAGGUAUAAAGUUAAGGUUGAUGAUUUACUGCCACAUAUAGGGAACAGGUAUAAAGUUAAGGUUGAUGAUUUACUGCCACAUGUAGGGAACAGGUAUAAAGUUAAGGUUGAUGAUUUACUGCCACAUGUAGGGAACAGGUAUACAGUUAAGGUUGAUGAUUUACUGCCACAUGUAGUGAACAGGUAUAAAGUUAAGGUUGAUGAUUUACUGCCACAUAUAGGGAACAGGUAUAAAGUUAAGGUUGAUGAUUUACUGCCACAUGUAGGGAACAGGUAUAAAGUUAAGGUUGAUGAUUUACUGCCACAUGUAGUGAACAGGUAUAAAGUUAAGGUUGUUGAUUUACUGCCACAUGUAGGGAACAGGUAUAAAGUUAAGGUUGAUGAUUUACUGCCACAUGUAGUGAACAGGUAUAAAGUUAAGGUUGAUGAUUUACUGCCACAUGUAGGGAACAGGUAUAAAGUUAAGGUUGAUGAUUUACUGCCACAUGUAGGGAACAGGUAUAAAGUUAAGGUUGAUGAUUUACUGCCACAUGUAGGGAACAGGUAUAAAGUUAAGGUUGAUGAUUUACUGCCACAUGUAGGGAACAGGUAUAAAGUUAAGGUUGAUGAUUUACUGCCACAUGUAGUGAACAGGUAUAAAGUUAAGGUUGAUGAUUUACUGCCACAUGUAGGGAACAGGUAUAAAGUUAAGGUUGAUGAUUUACUGCCACAUGUAGGGAACAGGUAUACAGUUAAGGUUGAUGAUUUACUGCCACAUGUAGUGAACAGGUAUAAAGUUAAGGUUGAUGAUUUACUGCCACAUAUAGGGAACAGGUAUAAAGUUAAGGUUGAUGAUUUACUGCCACAUGUAGGGAACAGGUAUAAAGUUAAGGUUGAUGAUUUACUGCCACAUGUAGGGAACAGGUAUAAAGUUAAGGUUGAUGAUUUACUGCCACAUGUAGUGAACAGGUAUAAAGUUAAGGUUGUUGAUUUACUGCCACAUGUAGGGAACAGGUAUAAAGUUAAGGUUGAUGAUUUACUGCCACAUGUAGUGAACAGGUAUAAAGUUAAGGUUGUUGAUUUACUGCCACAUGUAGGGAACAGGUAUAAAGUUAAGGUUGAUGAUUUACUGCCACAUGUAGUGAACAGGUAUAAAGUUAAGGUUGAUGAUUUACUGCCACAUGUAGGGAACAGGUAUAAAGUUAAGGUUGAUGAUUUACUGCCACAUGUAGUGAACAGGUAUAAAGUUAAGGUUGAUGAUUGCAGUUAUGGAAUGUUUGCUCACAAUAAUUUAUUGGCUGAUCCCUACUAAUGACCCGAAUGGAAUCAUGUGAUCCUUCCUUAGUCCUGCCUUCAAAAUGGUUCAAGUCCCAUGCUGCUGCCAAUGCUAAUACAGGCGUUUGGCCACAAGAGGUCUCUAUCAUUCUCUAUGGUUUGGUCAUCACAAAUUUUGCAAGAACUAGCAAAAAGCUACCUUUUGAGCUUCUGUGUGGUAAAAAAAAAUUAUUUGUGUAUUCUUCACUAGAGAUUUACAUUUCAACAUGUUUAAAAAUAGAUAGUCAUAUGUGGAAUAAUGCAUUUAGCAAUUAGAAUUCUAAUAAAUACAUGGACAGUGGACUGUAGCUGUAGCAUUAGUAGUGUGGAAACAAAUCAACAGUGUGUUAUUUCCUAUAGAGGCAGUGUGAAGGCCUUAUAUUAUCACCUAACUAAGCAGGUUCUCAGGCUGAGAUAUCAAAUAGUCUCUCGAUCAUCUCCUCCACCUGCGCUGGGCUGUAUUUGUGGUAUUUCUCAGGGUGUUUGGAGAAAUCAUGGUCACAUCUGUGUAAAGUACAGGCAAAGGACCAUAAUAAAUGAAUAUCACUGUA